AUGUCGAGCGUCAGCUCCAUAUUUGAUCCACUUGGUCUGGUAGCACCAGUCUUGCUUGUUGGAAAACGCAUUCUCCAAACCUUGUGUCGUGAUGGGUAUGCAUGGGACGAUCCAAUCUCAGAGGAAAUCAGAUCAGAGUGGGAGAAAUGGAGGAACGACAUCCUGCAUUUGGCAUCACUGAAUAUCCCACGAUGCUACAAGCCUGAGAAGUUUGAUGUCAUCAAGUCCGCAGAACUGCAUCACUUCUCCGAUGCCAGUACCGAAGGCUAUGGUCAGUGUAGCUACUUGCGACUGAUAGACGACAAAGGAGGUGUAUGUACAACUCUGGUCAUGGGAAAGUCCAGAGUAACUCCUUCGAAGCCAGUUACCAUCCCUCGACUGGAACUUACAUUAGCCGUCAUCUCGGUGAAAGUCAGUACUUUCCUCAUGAAGGAACUAGAGUAUAGCGAUGUGACUCAGUUCUACUACACUGAUAGCAGAGUCGUACUCGGGUAUAUUGCCAAUGACAGCAAGAGGUUCCACAUAUUCGUCGCCAACCGCGUGCAGAAGAUCAGAGAUCACACCACACCUGAAGAUUGGCGACAUGUUGACACUAAAACUAACCCAGCAGAUGCAGCUUCCCGAGGUCUUUCUGCCGAGUCGCUCAUCAAGAGCAAACUCUGGUGGAGUGGUCCAGGUUUCCUACAAGAAAGAGAAACCCCUCCACCUGACACUGAGUACAUGGAGCCAAGUUCAAACGACCCAGAGGUGAAGAAGGCAUCUGCAUUCAAUGUCCACACUGAGGCCUCCAACUACCCGAGCAUGCUUGAAAGAUUCCAGUCCUACUCAAACUGGUUUCGCCUGAAACGUGCAGUAGCAUUGUGCCAACGCUACAUGAAGAAGCUUAGAGAUCGCUGCUUCAAAACAGCUACUACUGCACCUGAUGCCAACACCCCCCUCACUGUAGACGAACUCCAGCAUGAAGAACGACUGAUACUGAGGCUAACUCAAGAGGAAGCAUUUCCAAAGGAAAUUCGAGCCCUCAGCAAACCCGAUGGUCUUCCUAAUGGCGAGCAGCAAGGCCCAGGAAACCCCCUGAACAAGAGCAGUCCUCUGUAUAUGCUUGACCCAGUCAUAGAUGAAACGAAGCUGUUGAGAGUCGGUGGACGCAUCAAGCAAGCCAAAGCACCUAAAGAGAUCAAGCAUCCCAUCUUGCUUCCACGUCAUGGCCACGUGACUGACCUGGUGAUUGAACACUACCAUGUUCAGAGUUGUCACUCAGGCCGUGGCAUGACACUGAAUAGCAUUCGCCAAGCUGGCUUUUGGAUUCUGGGGGCAAGAUCAGCUGUUACCAGCCAUAUUUGGAAGUGCGUGACCUGCCGCAAACUCAGACGUGCUCCCUGUGGGCAGAAGAUGGCAGAACUACCCAAGGACAGAUUGGAUCCAUCCGCACCCUUCACUUAUAGCGCUGUAGACUACUUUGGUCCCUUCAUGAUUAAAGAAGGACGAAAGGAGCUAAAAAGAUGGGGGGUCAUCUUCACCUGUAUGGCAUCCCGCGCAGUCCAUAUCGAGACAGCUAAUUCGCUGAACACCGACUCAUUCUUGAAUGCCUACCGCAGAUUCACAUGUAGAAGGGGUCCAGUGAGACAACUCCGCUCCGAUAGAGGCACAAACUUCAUCGGUGGAAAGAAUGAACUGGACGCUGCCCUAGCCGAGAUGGAUCAACCCAAGAUUUCUCAAGAGCUGCUAAAGGACAGUUGUGAUUGGGUGACAUUCAAUAUGAACGUUCCCACAGCCAGUCACAUGGGAGGCACAUGGGAAAGGCUCAUCCGUUCAAUCAGACAGGCGCUCUCAACAUUGCUGCAGAAACAUGGGCAACAACUGGAUGAUGAGCUCUUGAGGACCCUCAUGACCGAGGCUGAAGCAAUUGUGAACAGCCGACCUCUCACCUACGUUGACAUGGUGGCCCCAGAUUCAGAAGAGCCCCUCACGCCAAGCCAACUGCUAACGCUGAAAAGCAAGGUAGUUCUCCCUCCGCCAGGAGUCUUCAUCCAACAAGAUCUUUAUUGCCGACGCCGAUGGCGCAGAGUCCAGUACCUUGCCAACCAGUUCUGGUCACGUUGGAAGACUGAGUAUUUGUCGACCCUACAAGAGCGGAAGAAGUGGCAGAAGGCUCAGCAGAAUCUGGAGAUAGGCAACAUCGUCAUGAUGGUCGACGACUCCACUCCCCGAUGCCAGUGGCAACUCGCUCGUGUGGUUGAGACGUACCCAAGCUCAGACGGUCACAUCAGGAAGGUCAAGCUCCAAACUGGUCGAUCUGUCUUCGAGAGGCCUAUUCAUAAGGUUGUACUACUGUUGGACCAGGGACGCCCCGACGAGGAGCCAAAUGCCUGAACUUGAGCCGAUACAUGAACUGUACUUAAAGGAGCCACGUAGUGUUCACAUUCUCAGUAGUAUAGUAGUUACUAUUUCCAGUUUUGCGCCUUUAGUCAAGUUUAAUGUUAAAAUUGUUAAUGUUGUUAAGUAAUUUGAAAGGUCAAAUUAGGGGAGCCAUGUAACUGCUGGUGAGUUAUUCCAAGCUUGCCACAUGGUGGCGCUCUCCACAACUCAUGAGGGCGCGCUUCAUUGCUACCACAGAUUCAUGGUCCUUAUUGAUGACACAUGUCUGUGUCCUAAAUUUUUGACUCGUAUUUUGACUCAGUAUAAUUCGAUCAUCCUUCCACCCCAGGACCCGAGGACAGAGUUUUUACGUGAACUCUGCAAUCGCCACAGUCAUAUUUGGUAAUAAAUAAGCCAGGAAUAUACAGUGUUGAACUUGAAA